UUUGAACUGCAAACAAACGGCAUGUCGUGGCAUAGCGACCUUAUUUUCUUCUUUCUCCGUUUGGUUUAGCGCUGAGUUUAAACUCAAAGUGAAGAAGAAUCAUCAUGGUGUGGGGACUCUUCCCCGUUGAUCCUCUUUCAGGUGAAGAAAAGUACUACAUUUUCAAAAAGGGAGUUUACAAAGUUGGUCGAAAAGGUUGUGAUGUGAUAAUUACUAAAGAUAAAGGGGUUUCUCGGGUUCACGCAGAAAUAGUUGUUAAUACGAUGAACCCAGCAAAUCGUUUACCAAAUGAACGUUCUCAUUUGUCAUCCAGUAUACAUAUUAGAGAUUGCUCCAAGUACGGGACAUUUAUUAGCAAGAAUGUUGGGUCCAAGAAAAAAGUUCAUGAGCUACCAAACAAAGAAACAGUAUUAGAGGAUGGUGACCUUGUUUCUUUUGGCACCGGUACUGCUACCUACAAGUUUUGCCAUGUCCCCCUCAUUUUUUUCAUCUGUUCCUCAAAUAAAGUGGAUCAAUCUCUUGAAGAGAAAAUUUCAUCAAUUGGUGCUAGUAUUAUUCAUACCUUAGGUGAAGAGUGCACACAUGUUCUGGUAGAUCAACUAAUGCCAUUGAAGAAGGAUCUUGUCGGUGCUGUUGUGGCAAAAAAAUCUUGUGUACUCAAAACUUGGCUUGAGAUUUUUGCAGAAAAGAACAUUAGCACUGAAAUUCCUAGCUGUCAUUCAUAUAUUCCCUCAGUGUCAGCUGGAGGAGAAUCUAUUAAAAUUGCUGACCCCAGAAUGCGUGAAGACUGCUUGAAAGGAUACACUUUUUUGUUGGAAUCUGAGCAUUUGUAUAGAUUUGGGAAUCAGCUAAAAUCUUUAUUAGAAGUGGCUGGUGCAAAAGUUGUUUCCUUUGAAGUUUUUUGUUCAAAUAGCCAAGGUUCAGAUUAUGCAGAGGAUAAUCGUGUGGUUUGUGUCAUCCCUGGAGGAGGAUCAUCAUACAAGUCUGAUCUCUUCAAUAAACAAAGUUCCUUGCUUAGAGUGGAUGAGAUGGAUGUAAUAUGUGCCGCUUUCAGUGGACAGUUAGAUCUGUCUAUUCUGAAAUCACCAUGCAUACUUGUUUCAUCAUCUUGCUCUACAGAUGAGACGAUUGUACCAGAUUCGGAAACUGAAGUUGAAACAGCCACAUCCGCCCACUCAAAUGAGGCAUUUAGCAACCACAAUAAUGUAAAAUAUGAAAAAACAGAAGAAUUAUAUGAUGAUUCUGACACUUUAGAUAAGAGAAAACAUGAGAGAGUAGAGGCAUCCUGCGAUGAUGUUUCGACCAGAUUGCAUGAAAUUAAAAGUGCAAAAACAGAAACAUCCUUGGAUGGUGCUUCUGUCAGAUCACAUGAUACCAGCUUCGGGAAUAAUGAUGGUAUUAGAGUAAAGAAAGACAAGGCUGACGAUUAUGAAAGUGGAAAUUCAGAUAUUGUUUACGGCCAACAUUUAGUUGUUCGAGAUACAAACCUACAUACUAGCACAAGUACUGCACCAAACAGCAAUGUUCCAAAUUUUAAACGCUUCCGAAAGGCAGAAACUCAAUCUGGUAACAGCUUUGACAAUCUUGUUCCAUUUGCAAAAUAUCCAUACAAGGAUUCUGACUGUGGGAAUGAUGAGACGGCUGAGUUGGUGAAGGAGGAGAAAAGGCGAAAGAAAAUGGAAGCUGUGGCAGAUGAACUAUUUAAUAAUCAUAAGACAAAAAAGCGAGGCACUGUUGGUUCUCUUCGCGGCAUUCUUACUUAAUGAAGAGAGCUUUCUCCAAAUAUACGGACUUUGAAGAUACUGCACAUUUCAUGUGUGGCCUCAGUUGCAGGUUAAGUCGUUCAAUUGUCUGUUUUGAUCGAGAAUGAAGAGAGGUUACUAUGGAGACAAUUUGAGAGUGGAGGAUCUAUAUAGUUUCCCUUGUUAGAAUAUGAAGUAAACAAAGCUCACAUUUCAGUUUGACUGAGAUGACCAUGUCUUUCUCUUGGAUGGUGAAUGCCAUAUAACGUGAUGCGUUGAUAUAUAUAUCAUUUUUACUAAUUAAAUGUGUAUUGUAACCCUAAAAAAGUGCACAUCAUAUUUAUUCUCUUACUAUGUCACAGACAGCAUGUUACAGUACAUUUCCUAUUCUUUUGGUGCGUG